UCUUUUUGCACUGUUGAAAAAUGUUUUUGUAGUAGUACCUUCUGACAUUCAUAGAUGGCUGACAAUAAGCAAGUCGCACCCAUGUCUACUGUACGCAAAUUUUUUGAACAGCCGAUCUUGUGAUAUGUUGCUCCUAAACCUUAGAAUAACAUCAUUCGUAAGUAGUGCGAUUUUUGAGCCAUGUAAUAUGGCUGCUGCUUACAUAUGUACGAGCUCCAGGAGAGCAUGAGAUGGGUGGCAUUCCAUUUCGAUCUCUUGGAAAAUAGAAGAAUCUUGGUUAAAAAAAAAAUUCUUCUCCAGACUCCCCUACCCCCACAACAUAGAACUGUAGCGAUUAGGGUGGUUUUUUUCUGUAGGAGAGACAUAAGAGUCUACUGAUCGCAUAGUUCUGGUAGUAUCACCCUUUCUUCAACCUUAACAGUUAUGCGCCUCUUGCGCCUAAAAUUGGAUAGCAAGUGUGCCUUAAAGCCUUUGUUUCAUGGUUCUUGUUGGGUCUGUAAUUGUUUUCCAUAACCUCCAGGGCAAUAUGGGGUCUAGGCAUGAGUUUUCAAACCCAGUAAAUCAUUUCUCGCCAACGGGGUUGCAGAGAACAUUCCGGGUUUUUCCCUUGUUCUUUGAUGCAACCAAUAUCAUUCCCCCUCCCCCCAUUGAGAAUUUCGGACAACAUGUGCCCACUGAGUUGACUUUUAAUUCAUUCAGAUAUUCUCCCCAUGACAGCGUGGCUCGUAAAUUUUUGUUCGGUUCAAUGUAGAGUCUGAAACUUUAUUUCUCCGCCCAACAGCCACGCACACAUAGGUGCCGUCUCUCAAGAUUUUUGAACUUCCCCCAAAAUCAUCAAAACCUCGGCUGGAUUUUUUCUUCUUCCCUGCAGACAUCAAUUUCUUCGCUUUUUGAUUCGAGAGGACUAGAAUCAUGUUUUCCCCGCUUCGCCCACAUCGACAACAUGCAAACGAAGUGCAUAAAGUUUUAAUCCCUCCUAAAAAAAAGAAACAUUUGAUAUGUUCUCCAUUCCACUUCUCCUAAACAAACAUAGUCCAUAACGUAUCUGCAUUCCGGUAUCUCCUAGGUGUGUAUCAACACCAUCUCCCGCCCACCCUUUAAUUCCCCCAAAAAGAUCCCAACAUAAUAGAAGGCCAGGUCACGUUUUUAUGUUCCCCCCAGAAAAAUAAGCCAUAAACCUUCCCAUACAACUUUUUUGAUUGAGGAAAUGUUUCAAUCCACCCAAAAAGAAGACUUCAUGACGUCUUCCUUCGUGCGAUCCUCUGCCACACCCCAACAACAUUCUAGAAAAUCUUCAUUUGAUUUCCCCCAAAACGCAACACAUCAUUGGGUCGAGCUCGUCUUUUCUCUGAGAAAAACAUGUGGACUGGCCGAGUUACUUUUACUCUCCCAUCGACAUUUUGUGAUGUUAGUUGGCCGUGUUUUUCCUCCAAAACAUGCGACUGGAAUUUCUGAUCUUUUUGAUAUCAUGACAUUGACAAAAUAA